AUGACUCACUCAAUGCACAAUGCUACUGAACGAGUACUGUCUGGUACUAAGAUUUUCUUCAAACGACUGACUCGUCGUAAACCAAUGAUAACAUUACAAGCUGAAAUUGAGACACGAAAUGAAUUGAGACGUGAUCUAAGUUGGAUUCAAUUACUUGCUAUAGGUCUUGGUGCUAUUAUUGGUGCUGGAAUAUUUGUAUUAAGUGGACAAGCUGCAGCAAAAUAUUCUGGUCCAUCAGUCAUCAUUUCAUUUGUUAUAACAGGUGUUAUUGCGCUGUUGGCAUCUUUAUCAUAUUCAGAAUUAGGAGCAAUAAUGCCUAGUUCUGGAUCAGUUUACACUUACACUGAUGCAGCCUUGGGAGAAUACUUGGCAUGGUUUACUGGGUGGAAUUCUGCACUACUUUAUCUAUUCGCCGUUUUGACAGUGACAGUUGCUUGGAGCAAGCAUGUCGUUCUAUUUGUUGAUCUUGUGUCUGAUUACAAUGCAUCAAGCAUAAUUGUCCAAGCACCAGUUGGUUGGGACGAAGACACCGAACAUUUUUAUUUGACUGGUCAAGCGAUAAAUUUACCUGCCGUUGGAAUCACUAUUGCUAUUACAAUUCUUCUUCUUAUUCGAACUCGUCAAAUGGCUAUAUUCAAUCUUGUGUUGGUUGUAUUUAAAAUUAUUCUACUCUUAAUAUUCAUUUUUGCAUGUUGUAAUUAUGUCAAUCGCAAUAAUUAUAAUCCAUUUUUUCCACCUAAUAAGGGUUCGUUUAGUGAAUAUGGAGUAACAGGCAUGCUACAAGCAUGCACUUAUGUUUUCUUUGCACAUGUGGGUUUUGAUUCAAUUUCAACAGUAGCACAAGAAGCAAGGCUACCACAGAGAUCGCUACCAAUUGCUAUAAUCGGCUCAACAGUUAUUUCACUACUUCUUUAUAUUGGCAUAUGCACUGUUAUGGUUGGACUUGUUCCAUACGAGUUAUUAAAUUCAGAUAGUCCUCUUUCUCAAGCAAUAAAAGCUACACCUUACGGUCUUUGGUUAUUAAUUGUCAUGAAUCUAGGUGCUAUCGCUAGUCUUACAACAGUAGCAUUGACGGCGAUGCUCUCAGAAACUCGAAUAUUUUAUGCAAUGGCUCAUGAUGGUAUAUUUUGUGCUGUUUUUUCGGGUAUCUGUCCAGUAGAUAUUCUUGGUGAAACAACUUCAAUUAGCGCCCUAAUAUCAUAUAUAUUCGUACAUAUUACGGUCAUAGUCAUGCGCUACACACAUAGAGAUAUGCAACGAACUUUUGAAGUGCCAUUUGGUUCAUGGCUAAUUCCAACUAUAGGUUCUUUACUUUGCAUACUUCUUAUGAAAGGUGUAACAAAAACAACAUGUUAUCGAUUCCUUGUAUGGACAGCAUUAGGUCAAAUUAUUUAUUUUUCUUAUGGUUUUUGGCAUUCUAAACGACGAAAUUUAAUAGAAAAUGGAUUUGUUGGAAGUACGAUUGAGCUUGCACCUACAGAAGAAAGUAUUGAAAAAGAAAAUACUAAUGAUGGAUUUGAAUUGGAUUUAGCCGGUGAAAAUGCUGAAAGUACAGAAUAA